GAGCUGCGCCCGCGAGCGCGACGGCGCCUCGCCCGUGGCGCCCGCGCUGCUCGCGGCGCCCCUGCUGGCAGCCUGCGGCAGGCGCCGGCGCCCGGGCUUCGCGGCGCCGCCGCCGCCGGGCUGGCCCAGGGGUCUGGCCGUGGCCCGCGCGGGAGCCGCCAGCGGCGGCCACGCGCCUGGGAGCGCCGCGGCCCUGGCCGAGCUGCGCGGCCUCCUGGCGGAGCUCCGGGUCGACGUGCUGCUGGUGCCGACGGACGACCCGCACUUGUCCGAGGUGCCCCCGGAGACCUUUGCGCGCAGGCGCUUCAUAUCCGGCUUCACGGGCUCCGCUGGGACCGCAGUGGUGGGUGCCUCGGCGCAGCUGGGAGCGAAGCUCUGGACGGACGGCCGCUACUUCCUGCAGGCCGAGAGAGAGCUCGGGGAGGGGUGGGAGCUGAUGCGCAUGGGCGCCGAGGGGGUCCCCAAGCUCGCCGAGUGGCUCACGCAGGCGCUGCAGGCGGGCGGCGUGGUUGGCCUGGACCCUCUGGUGCACCCCGCGAGCUUCGUGGCCGAGCUGCAGCGGGACCUGGGGGCGAAGGGCAUCGAGCUCAAGUGCCUCACGGAAAACCCCGUCGACACGCUGUGGGGCGCGGCGCGGCCACCGCCGCCAGACGCGCCAGUGCGGCUGCACCCCGAGCGGUUAGCGGGGCAGUCCGCCGCGGAGAAGCUCGCGGACGUGCGGGCGGAGAUGGGCCGCAAGGGCGCCGGGGCGCUCGUAGUCUCCGCGCUGGACGAGGUCUGCUGGCUGCUGAACCUCAGGGGCGGCGACGUCGCGAACACGCCCGUCGUCAUGUCCUACGCGGUCGUGGAGAUGCAGGCCGCGACGCUCUUUGUGCACGGCGCUAAGCUGCCGGAGGAGGUGCGGCGCGCGCUGGAGGAGGCGGGCGUCGACGUUCGUCCGUACGGCGAGGUCAUGGCCGCCAUCGCCAGCAUCGCCUCGCAGCUGGCGUCGCCGCCCUGCGCGGUGACCCCCAGCGCACCAACCACGCGCUCUGCCUGGCCGCCGCCGGCCGCGAGCGCGUCACGGCGCCGUCCCCCGUGGCCGCGCUGA